UUCUUGGCCUUGGUUUUUUUUUUUGCUGCCAUGGAGUGUGCGAGAAAAACCAUCACCACCAAAUUUAUGAAAUCAUCCAAAUUCUUCUCCAAAGUGGUUCGCAUUUCGGUGACGGAUCAAGAUGCCACAGACUCCUCCAGUGAUGAAGAGGCAGAACGUGUCAAAGUGAAGAAGAUAGUGGUUAAUGAAAUUGUUUGUGUCAACAACAACAAAAAAAGACACAACAAUGACAACAGUGGUUGUUGCUAUUCAACCAAAGAUAAUGAAAGUCUCAAACAACAACCACAGCAAAGCCUUGUUCCAUUAGGUGAGGAGGGCUACAUGGACAGCAAACAAAGUCUCAAACAACACAAGUUUCGCGGUGUGCGGCAGCGGCCUUGGGGCCGGUGGGCCGCCGAGAUAAGAGACCCUUUGAGGCGAACGCGGGUUUGGCUUGGCACCUUCGACACUGCUGAGGAGGCUGCUAUGGUUUACGACAAAGCCGCUAUUAAAUUCAGAGGCGCUGAAGCUGUCACCAAUUUCAUCAAACCGCCACUGAAAGAUGAUGCCGUGUCUCUUGAAAUAUGUGAGAGUGUUGUUAGCGGAACGAGUUGUGCAUGUGAUUCACCCACUUCAGUUCUCGUCUUUCAGCCUUGGAUGGAACCACCAUUGUUGGAAGAAACCUUCAAAGAAGUUUUUAGUGGGUUAACUGAUGGUUAUGAUGAUGGUUUCUUGUUUUCCAAUGAUGCACUUUGUGAUCAACCUCUUCCUACGACGUUUUCUAACGCUGAUUGCAUUAUUCCAUUGGAUGAAGAUUUUGAGUCAUGUAAAUGGGUUGUGGAUAAUUAUUUCAGUGAUGAUACUUCAUCGCAAUGAUGAGAAGUGAAUUUCUAACAAACUGGGUUGGAAGAGAGUGAGAAUUUUGGUGUCUGAGUAAGUGAUAAUUAUUAUGAUGACUUUAGUUUCUGUGGAAAAAUCUUUGUAUUUAGUCUAUGAAAAAAGAUCUCUUUAUCUUUGUUUUAUGAAGAAAUUUGUAAAUAAGCAGACAACAGUGUUCUUAACUGUCA